GCCACCGUUGGCUUAGAGGACACAUCAUCUCCCCUUGAGGUCCUGCAUCCCUCCUCAGCUUCGUCCUCUCUCCUUUCUACCAGCACUUUCUCAAUUUUUCGUCCACCCCUGCCCUAGGAAGACUCACCAUGGCAGUCGAGAGGAUCCAUGCCCGUGAGAUCCUGGACUCCCGUGGGAACCCCACCGUUGAGGUGGACCUCUACACACACAAAGGCAUGUUUCGAGCAGCCGUCCCCAGUGGAGCAUCCACUGGUAUCUACGAAGCGCUGGAGCUGCGAGACAAUGACAAGUCGCGCUUCCUUGGAAAAGGGCCUCUCUGUUGUGGAUCAAGAGAAGAUAGACAAUCUGAUGCUUGAGAUGGACGGCACAGAGAACAAAUCCAAGUUUGGCGCCAACGCUAUCCUGGGAGUUUCGCUGGCCGUGUGCAAGGCGGGAGCUGCAGAGAAGGAUGUGCCCCUGUACCGGCACAUCGCUGACCUGGCCGGCAACUCCGACCUCAUCCUUCCUGUGCCAGCUUUCAAUGUGAUCAAUGGAGGUUCCCACGCAGGCAACAAACUGGCCAUGCAGGAGUUCAUGAUCCUGCCCGUGGGAGCCGAAAGCUUCCGCGAUGCCAUGCGCAUCGGGGCUGAAGUCUAUCACAACCUCAAGAGCGUCAUCAAGGAGAAGUAUGGCAAAGAUGCUACCAAUGUGGGUGAUGAGGGAGGCUUUGCUCCCAACAUCCUGGAAAAUAGUGAAGCUCUGGAGCUGCUCAAGGAAGCUAUUGACAAGGCGGGCUACACGGACAAGAUCGUCAUCGGCAUGGAUGUGGCAGCCUCCGAGUUCUACCGUGACGGCAAAUACGACCUGGACUUCAAGUCCCCAGAUGACCCAAGCCGCUACAUUUCUGGAGAUGAGCUGGGAGACCUCUACCAAAGCUUUGUACGGGAUUACCCAGUGGUCUCUAUCGAGGAUCCCUUUGACCAGGAUGACUGGGAGGCCUGGUCUAAGUUCACCGCCAACGUGGGGAUUCAGAUAGUGGGAGAUGACCUGACAGUGACAAACCCCAAGCGCAUUGAGCGGGCUGUUGAAGAGAAAGCCUGCAACUGCCUCCUGCUCAAAGUCAACCAGAUUGGAUCUGUCACAGAGGCCAUCCAAGCCUGCAAGUUGGCCCAGGAGAAUGGAUGGGGUGUGAUGGUGAGCCACCGGUCUGGGGAGACCGAAGACACCUUCAUUGCUGAUCUGGUGGUAGGACUGUGCACUGGGCAGAUAAAGACGGGUGCUCCCUGCAGGUCUGAACGCCUGGCUAAAUACAACCAGCUCAUGAGGAUUGAGGAAGAGCUUGGUGAUGAAGCACGCUUCGCCGGACACAACUUUCGCAACCCAAGUGUUCUUUGAACGUUGUCCCCAGGGCACAGCCAUCCUGCUGCUCUUUCCCACCUCACAGACUCUGAACCCCCCUUUCCCUCCACUGCUCCCUUUUUUGCUCUUUCUCCCCACUCUGUCACCUGGUUUCCUCUCACCUCGAAACCCCUCGAGUUCAGGUGUCCCUGGCUAGAUGUACCCAGGUGAAGGAUGAGAGAGCGGCCAACGCCCCGUCCCUUGCUGUGGGGUCAUGAGCAUUCCUGGACCCAGGCAUUGUGUGUCUCUGUUGUUUGUGCAGGGCCACGCCCGGGCCGCUCUGCUGGCGUGCCAGACCAUGGGAGCGUGUGCCCGGCGCGUUCCCUGGUGCCGAAGCAUGUGCGGUGACCAUCCGUGCGCUGGCCGCCGCGCUCGGGCACUGCCGCGUCCGGCCGGGCGCUGCCCGCGCUCGCUCUCCUUGUGCAUGUGUGUAGGUGUGUGUCCGUGUCCCGGCCUACGGCGUCCCGUGCCCCAGGCUCGGUGUGUCUGCACUGAGCCCUGGCCCCGGCGGUGUCGUGUUGGGCUGUGCUGUGUUGGGCUGUGCUUGCCGGCAGCUUGGUGUUGAAGUGCACUGCUGUCCCACCCUGGGUGUGCGUGUGCGUGCUGUCAGUCUGUGGCUCAGCACACAGUACUGCGGGGCAAUAGAUUAAAGCACAUCCGUAAACAAACCCAUGCUCUCAUCUGCUUCUUGUGACCUUUCUCUCUCUGUUCCCUUCCCUCUUGCACUCCUUCACCCUCCUCUCCGCCCAUGAUGUCUGCUUCACCUUCUGGACAGUCCCUGCUCAGCUGAGCAACAGACAAACUACA